AUGAGCGCAUUCGCCUAUCACAGACAAUUCGGUGUUGAAGCACAACAUAAGGCUGACGGGAACUCCGUGAGGGUCACAGAUAACCAAGCCGAGAUAGCUCAUUGGUUAAGGCGCGAACAUAUCCACUGGAAGGUCAGCGGUUCGAACCCGACCUCGGCAUCUCGACUGCUGCUAUCUAGUCCUGGCCAGCGUGACAAAUUCCCAGUAUCCACACUUGCUUCGAAUGGAACGGCAGCUGGGCACCACAGUCGUGCUAGUGUUGCGCUUACUGACCAACUGACUCGAAUAGCCCGUUUGUAA